AUGCAGGGCGCGAUGCAAGUGGCCAAGCGCAUCCCAUUUGAGGAGGAGCCCCAGUACCUCCUCUACGCCCGUGUGGCCUAUGUCUCGGCGCAGGUCAUCUGCCUCUUGAUCAACUAUUUCAUCUCUCUCAAGAUCAAGAAGGCAAAUGACCUUACGGUCCUCAAGUACGUGACGCCCAAGUCGCCCAUGUCUCAAGAGCCAGGAGAGCUCGUGACCACGACGCACCGCGACUAUGAUCUGGCUGAGGUUUCCAAGGCUAUGCGCGGGAUCUACAUGGGCAUGGCGAUGGUCGCUGGUAUGCACUUCUACUUUGGCUACACCAACCCCCUCAUCAUCCAAUCUAUCCUCCCAGUCAAGAACGCACUCGAGUCCAACGAGGCAAAGAUCUGGCUCUGGGGCCAGCCGACAACUACCGACCUCAAGCGACCCUUCAAGGCCCCUGCUGGUCCCUUCGGUAUGGGCGGCAACGCUGGACCCGCUACGGACGCUGCGUCUAUCAAGGAGGCCGAGAAGGCUGGUGGUGUCAAGGGUGCCAAGAAGGCCGAGUAGAUGCUCGGAGGAGACAGAUGGAGAAUGACGAGGGUGGGAGUGGUAUAGAUAUUGAGUUUUCAGGUCCAGAGAUAAGGGGCAGUUGAUGACAGCCACGCGCUUCAGUGAGAGAGCGCACCAGCUGGCAAUGCAACGUUGACAUCACGCUCCCCUUUGCUCACACCUUGAGCUGCUUGUACACAAGCCCGCCCACGUCAACCAGACCAAAGUAAUGCGCCAGCCCAGCCACGAGAGCGAGGAUGGCAACGACGCUCGAGGCGAUACCCGCGAGGGCGAGGCCGAGUAGCAUGACCCCUGCAAGGCCGAUGCUGCCGCGCA